AUGACCAACCAAGAGAACAUGCGGGGCAAUCCCAACCCCAAAUCCAACACCCCGGUCCCGGCCCCAUCGCCCUCAGCCUCAACCUCAUUCACCCCCUCCAACAAACCCCCUUCUACCUCCGCGCCCCCCCGCGUCCUCACUAGCCUAGCAAAAAGCGCAUUCCAACCGAGCCCCGACCUAGCCAACACCCUAGCAUCAAGCACGAGCAGCAAACCAGCCGGUCCCUCCUCUUCCCUCCCGAACACACAAACAAGCAGGGAUCUAUCCGCAAAUACCACACCGCAUGGAGCUCCCGGGUCCGGGUCCGGGUCCGGGUCCGGGUCCUCGUAUGCAGCGCAAUCCUUCCGCGAACACGAUACACACACAUCAACACCGGGUGGAUUCACUCUACCCGCCUUGACAGAAGACGAGUUCCAGGGAAAUACACACGCAUACGGAUACGAUGGAAUAGGAAUAGCGGACAACACAGAAGCGCAUCAGUUACGCGCAAAUACAACCACAACAACUGCAGACCAAAACACAAAUCAAUCCCAAUCCCAAUUCCAAUCCCAAGACCUCCAAACCCCCUCCUCAACCUGGAAAGGCAAAGCCCGCGCCCACGACCCAACACAACACCAACUCGAAACCGUCUGGCAGCGGCAAUGGCACGAGCAAACACCGCAGACAACGACUGUUCCAGCUACAGAUGGUGCGGCUGUUGUGUCAUUGCUAUCGGAUAUAACCUUCGACCCGAAUUUCGAGGAUCCGACGACUGUACCCGAUACCGAGAUUGAUAUUGCUGCUCCGCCGGCUCCGCUUUCUGCUGCGGAGAGGGAGAUGCUUGAUUCUUUUCGGAGGGGGUUGGGGUUGGAUGUGGAGGGGAAGGGGAAUAAGGAAAGAGAGAAGGAUGCACGGUUAACGGGUGCGAGUCUUAUUCCUGAUAUUGAUGUUUUUUUGAGUCAGGGGCUUGGGGCUGAGAGUAGUAUUGGGAGUGGAACUGGGACUGAGACUGGGGAGAGAAAUGCUAUGGCCAUGGCUACGGAUUCAGGUUCAGGUUCUGGUUUCAUUCCUACUUCAAUCCGCGAUGCCGUUUUGAGGAAUAUGCCCGGUGGGACUGAUUGGAUUGGUGUCCAGGAGACUGAUAUUGAUGUCUUUUUGAGUCAGGGGAUUGGGGCUGGAACGGGGAUUGGGAAAGGGAAUACUACGGCCAUGGGCUCAACCUCUACCUCUACCUCUACAUCUACUUCCCUCCGCGACGCCGUGUUAGCGAAUCUCCCUGGUGCGGGUGAUUGGAUUGGUGUCCAGGAGAGAUAUCAUGAUGAAGUAUGGGGAUAUCUGCAGCCUGUGCUUGAGGAUGCGAGGGCGGAGAUUGAGGAGAAGGGGGUUGAGGGAUUGGGGGCUGGGGAGGAUGGGCCUGCUGUGAGGAGGUUGAAGAUGAUUUUGAUGCAUAUGAAGGGGUGA